AUGGGCGCUACAGAGAUUGCAGCCACUCCGGACCAUCCCCUAUCCUUUUUCCGCUGCUCUGCUUCUGCUGGGGCGGUGUUAGAUCGCCCCUCAUCGGCUGGAUCGAUGAUGGCACGCCCUGCUACAACUGGGGGUGUGUUGGAUUGCCCCCCUCCCUCCCCUCCGUCCGUAUCAGCAUUCUUCUCCCUAUGCUCUGCUCCCCAGCUGUCACCUCACGCCACACAUGCUGUCUCUGCUCCUCCUGCCACAGCUGCUGCCACUGCCACUGCCACUGCUGCUGCUGCUGCUCUCACUGCCACUGCUGCUGCUGCUGCCACUGCCACUGCCACUGUUGCUGCUGCCCGAACCUGCAAGCGAGGCUUGGAUACCACAGCAGACCACGACAGCGGUAGCAACCCUGGCACCUCCGGGCGGCGGAGCGGUGGCAGUGCUGGCUCCUCCGGGCGGCAGAGCGGGCGGCAGCGUGGCAGCAGUGGCGGGGUCAGCGGGCGGCAGAGGUACCAGUGGCUCCCGGUUGACUUGCCAGACGACGGGUACGACUGGUGCAAAUACGGACAAAAACCGCUAGUGGUGGAUUCCUGCUGUAUCCGCUCCUACUACCGCUGCUUUCUCGGCGACCCCCGCCAGAUGGAUGGACAGGGGGAGCUGGUGGGAGGAGGGAUGUUUACAGCAAAUCUGGACCUUUUGAGAGGAAAAGAGUCAGUGCAGCAGCAGCAGUGUUGGAUAGCAGGGAGUGAUGUGGCAAUGGGAGGCAUGUCAUUGCCUUUGGUGGACACAUGGCAGCAGCAGCAGCAACAGCAGCAACAGCAGCAGCAGCAGCAGCAGCAGCAGCAGCAGCAGCAGCAGCAGCAGAAGAAAAGGGAGAAGGAAGAAUUGUCAAUCUCAGCACUGCCAGCAGGCCUUCAGACGUCCCAGAGCGCAUUUCCAGCAGUGGCGACAGGAGCAGAGGUAGAAUCAGGAUUUGGCAUGGCAUGCCCUUUUGAAACCACCUCCAAAGAAGCAGCAGCGGCAGCAGCAUUGGCAGCAGCAGCGGUGGCAGGAGAGAAGGUAGAAUCAGGAAUUGGAUUUGAGAUGGAGUGUGCGGGAGCUGCGGCAUUGCGGUCUCAGUCUCUCUUAGAUCAAUACCUGGAGCGACAGCAGCAGGAGCAGCCUUUCGAGUCGACUCAGAAGAAACAGAAGGAGGAGCAGCAGCAAGCAUGGCACUCUCCACUGUGUUUCCCUGUGCUGUCAUCCUCAUCAGCCUUUACAUCUCCCACCUUCUCUCCCUGCCUCCUCCCCUCUACCACUCUCCCCUCUAUCGCUCUCCCUUCUUCUGCUCUCUCCUCUAGCGCUAUAUCUGACUCUGUUACCCGCAUGCUCAGCCAGGUAACACCUUCCCCAGUCGCCCCUUCCCAGGCUGCCUCCUCACACGCCCUAUCCUCGUUAUUAACAGCUUCAGAUGCUGGCGACCAGACUCCAUCCAUUCCAUCCGGCUCCAUUCCCUCCUCUUCUCCCCAACUUCCACUGCUUUCGAACCUCCAACUCCUAUCCCCCACUGCAAACGCCCAAGCCUUCGCCUUUCCCUCACCCUCCCACUCCCACUCCCCCUCCCCCUCUCCCUCUCCCUCUCCCUCCCCCGGGCCGACCUCGCCUCUAGAGCCAUCCUCCCCUGCCACUAUCGCUGCUGCCUUCCCCUCGACCACCCCCGCUGCAGCUUUCCCCUCCACCAGCCAAGCACACACCCUCUCACCCCCUUCGUCCAACACCCGCCUCACUCCUGCCUUUUCCCUUCCUGCUAAGACCCAUCCGCUCCCCGCAAUCCCCAUGUUACCUCAGAGCCGCAGCUCUCCUGCAGCUCCCUCCACAAUCUGCAGCAGCAGCACCCGCACAUGUCCGGCAGGAAUUCAAGGAGGCUUGGCAGGAAGUUCGGCAGGAGGUUCGGCAGGAAUUCGUGGCACAGCAGCAGCAACUGUGCGUGUGCAGCGAGCGCAGGAUCUGGGGGUUACAGAUGCUCCUUUGAGCUUGCUGCUGCUCGGCCGACGCAAGCAGCAGCAGCAGCAGCAGCAGCAGCAGCAGCAGCAGCAGCAGCAGCAGCAGCAGCAGCAGCAGCAGCAGCAGCAGCAGCAGCAGCAGCAGCAGCAGCAGCAGCAGCAGCAGCAGCAGCAGCAGCAGCUUCAGCAGCAGCAGCAGCAGCAGCAGCAGCAGCAGCAGCAGCAGCAGCAGCUUCAGCAGCAGCAGCAGCAGCAGCAGCAGCAGCAGCAGCAGCAGCAGCAGCAGCAGCAGCAGCAGCAGCAGCAGCAGCAGCAGCAGCAGCAGCAGCAGCAGCAGCAGCAGCAGCAGCAGCAGCAUUGGUGGGAUGCGUUUGUCGAUGCUGCUCCCCUCACACAACUGAUGCCCCUGACAAUGCAGAGUGAGGGCGAGGGUGAGGGCAUGGAAAUGGAUAGCCACCCGUCACAAGAGACAAAGGAUGCGCAGCAGCACUGA